AUGACUCCGGAAGACUGCAUCCCCAGGCCACUCAGAAGAGUCCCCUCCCGGGCCAAGCUUAAGCCAAUCCAAACGGGACGCGAGGUUCAAAAUUCACCUCACCAUGUUAAAACGGGCACUUGCGAAGUGGUGGCACUCCACAGAUGCUGUAAUAAGAACAAGAUAGAAGAACGGUCACAAACAGUCAAGUGCUCCUGUUUCCCUGGGCAGGUGGCGGGCACCACGCGAGCAGCUCCAUCUUGUGUGGACGCUUCCAUAGUGGAACAAAAAUGGUGGUGCCAUAUGCAACCAUGUCUUGAAGGAGAGGAAUGUAAAGUUCUUCCAGAUCGGAAAGGAUGGAGCUGUUCCUCCGGGAAUAAAGUGAAAACAACUAGGAAGGAGUAG